GCAAGUUGAACUCGGUUUGACAGGUAGAUUUACGAUUUGAACUGUAAUUGUACUUAAACUUUCUUUUUCUCUUUACUGUUAUAUACAUUUAGGGUGUCGUUAUUGGUUUUCUAAGCUAAACUGGUUUGAUUUAUUCUACUGUCUUCAAUUCUAAGAUUGAAGUACCGUAUGUUGACAAAUGGAAAUGAAAUGAAAAUUAGAGACCUAUUUGUACAUGAUGCUCAAAGAACAACGUGCAAUUGUUAUUGUAUUUGGGUCUGAUAAAAUCAGAUCCUUUGAUCUGCUCGCGUAGAUAAUCUGAUCCUUGUGUAGCGAUCUACGCAAGCGGAUCAAAGGAUCUUAUUUUAACCAGAUUGCCCUAAAAUCCAGAUGGUCUGAAUGAGCAUACAUUUCCCAUUUGAAUGAAAAUUUAAACUUGAAAGAGCAAAGACUGUAAAGUGUGUGAUGAAUAUAUAUGUCUUAUGGCGUGACCGUGUUUGAGGGCGAAGCAAAAAGUAUAAUUGGCAUUAAACAGGACAAAAAACAACCUGAAGUUAGCACGAGAACAGAGCUUUAAAUAUCAAUUAAAGCAUCCUAAUUUUGGACAUUUGAUCCGCCUAUAUAUUGAAUGUGAGAAAUAUAACGCAAUUGAUGUAAACAGUGCAUUGUGACAUCAUAUUCAGCGUCGUUAUUUAGCAAAUUUAUAAAAAUAGGAGACAUGGCACAAUCGCGUUAAUCGAGAAGUGAUUAUAUAUAUUAUUAAGAAAAUAAGAUUUACAUGCUUUUACAGAUUUUAUGUAACAUCUCAGAAUGACGUGAACUAGGGUAGAUGAGAUUCAAAAUGGAGAAAUACAUGUUCACGCACUAAUAUUCGAAUCGACGCCAUUGGGACCAAAAUUUUCAAGUUCCAUAAAUGAUUCGCUGCUGGAGGGCGGAUAUUAGUGAUGUGACACUGCUGGUUUCUAUUCAAGCUUUUGCCUCUGAGGUCCCUACAGUGUUUUGCAAGAAUUUAAUGGUUCUUCCUGAAACAGAAACCCAAGACGGAAAUCUUUUUGAUUGGUUAAGAAGAGAUUUAACCAUGGUGACAAGUUGCCUAGAAUUCUAAGCUGAAACAUGCCUGCAGUAAUGAUGGACCUACUUCAUCGAGUGAAGAGAGCGGUGGAUGUCGUUGCCACCACGGCAGGCAGUGUUGCUAAGGAAGCUGUUCAGGAUGCGGCGUCUAACGCAGGGGCAAUGGCAGGACCCACAACAGUGGCCCCUGCCGCCGGGGACGAGACCACAACAACAGCAAGGGGGAUUGAUAAACUCAAAAAUUUAGUGGCAGGAGAGCUUGGCAAACUUCCUAUAUGGGCAUUAAUACUUAUAGCAGCAGGGGCCAUACUGUUUCUCUUAUGUUGUUGUUACUGUGUCUGUAAACGCUGUAUAUGUAAAAAACGCAAGAAGAAAGAAGGGAAAAAGGGGCUGAAGGGGCCAGUCGACCUUAAGGCAGUCCAGCUUAUUGGAGCCUCGCUGAAAAAAGAAAAGAUACAACCUGAUUUAGAGGAACUGGAAGUGAAUAUGGAACAGGAUGAUGACAAUGAAAGCACAAAGUCUGAGGUCAAACUAGGCAAGCUUCAGUUCCAGUUAGAUUAUGACUUCACUAAAAACGAGCUGACAGUAGGUGUGAUACAAGCUGCAGAUUUGCCUGGUAUGGAUAUGUCUGGUACAUCAGAUCCGUACGUCAAAGUUUACCUUCUACCAGACAAAAAGAAAAAAUUCGAAACAAAAGUUCAUCGCAAGACUCUUAACCCAGUCUUCAAUGAAACAUUUACAUUUAAGAAUGUCCCUUACGCAGAAGUUGGAGCAAAAACGCUAGUGUUUGCAAUUUACGACUUCGACAGAUUUUCAAAGCAUGAUCAAAUUGGACAGGUGAAAAUCCCACUGAAUACUGUGGACUUAUGCCAGGUUCUUGAAGAGUGGCGAGACUUAAUCAGCCCAGACAAUGAUGCUGAAAAGGAAAACAAGCUUGGGGACAUUUGUUUCUCCUUGAGAUAUGUCCCAACGGCAGGAAAACUGACAGUUGUUGUCCUGGAAGCCAAAAAUCUGAAGAAGAUGGAUGUGGGUGGUCUCUCAGAUCCAUAUGUUAAGAUCUCUAUGAUGUUAAAUGGGAAACGGGUCAAGAAGAAGAAAACCACCAUCAAGAAGUGCACUCUAAACCCAUACUAUAAUGAGUCAUUCACUUUCGAGGUGCCAUUUGAGCAGAUACAGAAAGUGCAGCUGUACAUCACAGUGGUCGAUUAUGACAGGAUAGGAACGUCGGAACCAAUUGGGCGUGUGAUCUUGGGAUGCAACUCAAGUGGAACGGAGCUUCGCCACUGGAGUGACAUGCUGGCCAACCCGCGGCGACCAAUCGCCCAGUGGCACACCCUUCAGGAAGUGCCAGAGAAAAGCUAAAGAAGGACGACACAUUAAGCAGCAGCGACACUGUUGUUGACCUUGUAACUGAUUCUGCAUCAUCAUUUUCGCUGUUAAAAAGUGAUCGUGUUUUCUCUCUGUAGCAUAGUUAAGGAUAUUUCGUAUUUCGACAGAAUUGUCCAUCAUUAUAGAUUCUGACAACUGGAAUCUGACCUUGUUAAACAGUUUUCCUGUGAAAUUUGAGAAAAUGUGUAGAAAGCAAAGGAAGGAUAACUCUUCCUAUAUUUUUUUGUGCAAUAUCAUAAUAUUCUGAAAUGCGUUUAUGUGUAUACAUCCUAUUGUGAUAUGUACUAUGUUAUUAAUUCAGUCACUCAGUUGAUGCUAAGAUAUUUUACAAGCAUGGUUAACUUGUAAAAUACAAAAAUAUUAUACAACCAGGUGUAAAGCAAAAUCUAUUUGGACUCUUUGUGUUCAAAAAGUAAAUCCUUGUGAAAUUGUUAAGAUAGAAUAAGCACACUCAUGAAAUAUGUUUUAAAGGUAAUUUAAUAAUUGUGUUUAUGCCUCUUUAAUUAAGAAAUUUUAAAGAAAAAUGAGUGUACAUACAUAUUAUACUGGUGCGUACAUCAGUAACUAGUGGUUGUGGUAGACUAUCAUCAGGUUGUUGAAUUGUAGAACCGGUUUAUGAAUAUGUUCUGUGAUAGAGGAGAAUUUUUAGUAAGGUGUGUUGGGAACUCACUAAACUCAAUCUGUGCCGAUUUUAUUUUCCACUGAAUAGUACGAUAAUCUUUGAAUGUUAUGUAGAAAAUGAAUUAUAAAACUUCUGACGAGUAAUAAUUUACGAUUAUCACACAUUUAACACAUCACAAUUGUUUUUAAAGUUAAAAAAAAGUAUUUCACAAAGUAAAAAAAAGGUAUUUCACAAAGGUAGUGUGUCAGAAUGCUCAUUUUUUUUCAAAAAUCAUCUUAAUAAAUGAACUUCAUGCUUAAAUUACCCAGUUUAAGUAUAUUGCACCUUAGUUUGAUUUAAGGUUACUUGUGACUAAGAAUUGAACCUGGUUAGAGAAAUACUACUUAAGAAUUGUUUCUGUUUUGUGUUCUUAUAGUGUUCAUCUUCUUGUCUCACCCCUGUACAUAAUGGACAUUCUUAUCUGUACAUUCCAUCAAAAACUGGCAAGCGCUCCAUAUUUAAUUCAGGAAAUCCAUUUUUGGUUCUACUUUACAAGAAACAAUGGCAUUUAUUGUAAAGGAACAGGUUGUUGUGCUUUAUUUUUUAUUUUAUUUAUCCACCUAUUGUUAUCUAUUUUAUUACUGUUUUGAUCAAACAUUGAAAUCCAUUCCUAGACAUAAUUUCAAAUGAACAACUAUUUAUCAAAGAAUCUCAAAAUAAUGUAAAUGUUUGAUGCAUGAAUACCCAAAAGGAUCUGAGGGAACUGCACUGUGGCCCCGCUCUAGAUUAAUGCUAUAUAUGGUUGUUAUUGUUGAAUAUUGUUUCGUUUUAAGUUCUUGUUUUAUGAUUGUAACAUAGAAAUCAACCACAGACUUAUAUUAUGUAAUGCAUACAAUGCAAUGUUGAUAAUACAAACCACAGUUUCAUCAUUUAAUUGUAAGGUCAAAGGGCAUAUUCCUAGGUGAUCUUUUAACAGUGAUGUCACUGGUGUAGUAAUAUCGCCAUGGAGACCCACUUUCAAAUUUAAGCUGGUCACAAACUUGUGUCAAAUCAUUAGAUCUCCUGUAGUCGGUGGUUCAAUAAACUUUGUGUCUGAAAAUUCA